GGACGGUUGAGGAGAGAAUACUGGCUCGCGCUGUGUCCGUUAUUUUGAUUCUUUGUCUUCUUCUGGCUUAAUCGGCUAGUGAAGGCUCUGUUGUCCGUCACUUAAAUCCCUGAAAAACUAUUCCGAACCCAGGAUUUUACAUAUAAUUGGUGGCAGCGGCGGGUUUUUGUGUGUGCGUGGACUUCACGGACAAAAACUUCAGCACCGUGUCUUGCCGUUUGGACAUUUCAUUUGAAUGAUUCGAUGUUCGCAAAGGGACUGCACCCUGAGUUUACUACACUGCUUUAGCAUUUCAUGGAUUCAGUAGGAUGAGCAUCAUUAUCUGACUGAUUAUUUUUAUAACUUUAGGAUAUAUGUUUUUAUCAAUAUUACCUUGAGACAAAACGUACUGUAGUGCAAUUCGUUACUUGUUCGUCACAAGUAAAAUCUUCAAGUUAAGAAAUUUUAACUUUAAUAUGCCAUCUCCGAUCGCAUUUUGGAUAUUUUACUUUUUUUUGGCAUUGUGACUCGGUUCUUCUGGACUUUAGAUUGCAUACGGAUUUGUUGGUUUUUUUUUUUCGUCCGGUCAAAGUCACUAUAAUAUUUCUGAAGAUUCUUGGAGUGAAUCCGUUAGACUACUGCAAAGAUUGAUGCAAGACUCACGCUGUUAUCACAAGCACUUCAAACCCAUGCUAGAAAACAAGCUAUGGAAGCAGAGCAAAGGAUUACAACUGUGGAAGAAGCUGACUCCGCUAAGGCUCGGCUACAAGCACUGGAAAACCAGGUGCAGGAAAUGGUCGAUCUUAUUGACCAUCUGGACAAUAGAGGGAGAAAGAAAGAAUAUACAGUACAGGUUGUUGUAUAUCCCCAUGCCCAGAGAACACAGAGGAAACCCAAUCAAAGUUUUUGAGAUUUGGCAGCCUAGGUUCCUGAACUGAAGCCAAAUUACAUUGCAUUCAGAUUAAGAGAACCCACUGCACGCUAGCCCCCAAGCCAGGUUCAGACCAACAGCCACUACCUAUUGUCAACAGAUAGCUCAACUACGUAGAAAAGCAUUAAGUGAUUGAGGCAUUGAGGACUCAAACAGUAUGAUCUUUCAGGACUUUUCAGCAGCAACGAAGGAGCAAAAGAUCUGAUGAAGGCACAGUUUACUCGCAGCUCUACCCAGCCUAACUAAAGAGCACUCACAGCGGGUCCACUAAAGUGUUCGACGGUCUUGCUAUAUCUAUGGAAUUCAUCGACUUGCUGGAAUAAACAACUGCUUAGUGCUGCUCUGUGUACCCACUGGACUCUCUGAGAACUGCUGGAUGACAGGGGUACCAUGGGGUUCUUCAUGUCAAAGACUUUGGAUCAGAACUUGAAGAAGCAGCAGGAGUUCAUGCUUCUUAACUCCCGUCUCCAGCUGGAAAGGCAGAUCCUUAUGCAGAAUCAGAUGAGAGAGAGGCAGAUGGCCAUGCAGAUAGCCUGGUCAAGGGAAUUCCUCAAGUACUAUGGAGUGUUUUUUGGAUUAGCAUCCCUUGCUCUUACUGCUGGUGCUGUGAAAAGAAGGAGGCCCGUGUUAUUCAUACCAGUAAUCCCACUAAGUUUUGUUCUCGCCUACCAACUUGACAUGGGCUACGGAACCUUACUGCAAAGAAUGAAAGCUGAAGCAGAGGGUAUAAUGGAGUCAGAGCAUGAUCGUCUAGACCUGCCUCAUGGAGCUCCCACCUUUGAAACCAUUGAGAAAGCGCGAAGAGCCCAGAGCACCUUCUUCAUUGAGAAAUAAACUGUACUCGGUGUUGGCAACACUUAUAAAAGUUCUUGACACCCCACCUUCAUAAAAGUGUUUAAUUCGUUCGCUACUCAAGUAAAUAAAAAACGCUCUGCUUUAUCCAGUUAAUUAAAUAGUUUGUGGCAUAUAGAAUGUGCCAAUAAUGUUUCCUGCCUGAAUGACCCCUUUACAGGAUUUUUAUUUCAGAAAGGGCCCUUAUUCGUACAUAAAAUCAAGCAAAGUUUAUAAGUAAAGCUAAUAUUAACUAUUAAACUAUAAACUAAAGGCGUUAAAAGGCAAAGGCAAAGUCUCAAGUAAACUUCCUAAGCUUUUUCAGAGUAAAUGAAUAAUGUUAAAGUGAUGAUUUUACUUGUAAAUAGACUUGGGGUGCCAAUUUUACCAGUGUUUUUGGAGGUCCUUGUGUAUACUUUGCUGAAAUCAUCUGUAGGAAGUGAUUUAAAAAAGCACAAGGUCAGAUCCAGGUGUGACCUGGAACACCAAGUCAAUUAAAUAAUGGAAAUUGAUUUUUGAAUUCACUUCUCAGAUGCUUAAAGAGAAUUGUCUUUACUGAUAAAGCUAUUAUUUGCACUAAUUAUGUCAUAUAAUUGUAGUUAUUUUCUCAGUCUGUUUAUUGACAAAUCACAAAUCAGGAUAACUGAUUAAAUGUUUAAAAAAUGCAAUUCGGAAGGUUUUUGUGUGGGAGUUAGAAAGUGUUGGUGAUUUCUGUUAUUUUUUAAAUAAAACUUGAACAGUAUAAGCAUUUAAACUCUUAGUAACCAAGGUCACAUCAUAAUAUUAGUCAUGGAUUUCUGAUGGACAUCUUCUUGUACUACAUGUACUUGGAAUAAAGUGUUUUCUAUGUUUCUGUACUUUAAAUAAUGAAUCUUCCUGUGCAUUGUUUUGUUUCACACUGUACUGUAAGCACUUGUGUGUAAUAUUUACUAAGCUUUUUCUUGUAAACAAGUCGCUUUUGCAGAACUUUUAACAAGGUUAUGUUUUAUUAUUCACAGCUACAGUGCAAGGAAAUGAUGCUGUUGACCCUGUUACCUUUCACAUUAAACUUAUUUGUAAAAAUAAAUGCAAAAUUUCUACAAUUUACGUA